UGCAGCCGACCCCGUUUUGAGAAUUCGCUAUAAAUUCAUUGUUAGACGGUCUCACAUCUUAGAUCUCCUCUACAGGGAAAGGGGGAGGGGGGCGGUUGGCAAAAGAACUUUGUUCCCCUGAAAAAUAAAUAUUUUAACGCGUCUGACAAUACAGAGCUCGGAAGUUUAGGAGAGUUUCAUUAUUUUCCUCAUGUCUUUCUUGCAUGCUUUUUUUGUACAACUCUUAUUUUGAAACCUGGUGUGUUUGUUUGUUUGGUUUUUAAUUUUCUCUCCUGCGCUGUCAUUGUAAACAUGGUGCUGUUUAUUUUCCUGGCUGUCUGCAGCCUGUUGCAAACGAUGGUGCAGUGUUUUGCACUUCAGGAGUCUGACCUACCUGAGCCGGGUCACCUCCAGCUCUCUCCCCUGCAGCGGGGGUGGCAGGCGAGGAAGGGGACGGUACAGAAGGUCGAUCGCAUUUACGCCGGGGAUGGCAAGGUCGGCUACUUGGUGUACGCGGACGGCGAGAGGUUCCUGCUCGAUUUGGAAAGGGACGAGACGCUCGGCUCCCCUGCCCCGGGCAGCCCAGCUCUGUCCCCUCUAGGUCAGGCUCCGAGCCCCCGCUGCCUGUACCGGGGCACGGUCAACUCCCAGCCGGUGUCGUUAGCUGCUUUCAACCUCUGCGGGGCUCUGCGAGGCUUUUUCGCGGUCGGCCGCUCCCGUUACACCGUCAGCCCUGUCUCCGGCUCCGGGAGCACGGGUCUCCUUCCUUUCGGUGCCGCCGCGGACCAAGUGCCGCACCUCUUCACCCGGGACCGUUUCAGUUUCCAGAGCCCGUCUCCAGAAGCCGGCCGCUGUGAGAUCCGUAGCCCCGCCGGUCAGCCCGCUGCCCGGAUCCCACAGACCCGGAGCUCCGGCCGCUCCAGGCGCUCGGUGUCCCGACUCCGGCACGUCGAGCUGCUGCUGGUGGCUGACAAAUCCAUGUCUCACAAGUACGGCGACAAGGUCCGCCACUACCUGCUCACACUGGCCUCCAUCGCCUCCAAACUGUUCGGCCACGCCAGCAUCGAGAACCCUGUCCGCCUGGCCGUAGUCAGGAUCAUAGUCCUCACCGAGAACGACCAAGGGCCGGUGAUCAGCAAGAACGCGGCGAGCACCCUCCACAACUUCUGCAAGUGGCAACACAAGCAGAACCAAGUGGACCCGGACCAUGCAGAACACUAUGAUGCUGCGAUCCUCUUCACCCGGGAGAAUUUGUGUGGACAUCAUUCAUGUGAUACUUUGGGAAUGGCAGAUGUCGGAACCAUCUGCUCUCCAGACCGCAGCUGUGCAAUCAUUGAAGACGAUGGGCUCCAUGCUGCAUUUACAGUCGCUCAUGAAAUUGGACAUCUCCUAGGACUGUCCCAUGAUGACUCCAAGUUUUGCGAAGAGUCAUAUGGCUUGACUGAAGACAAGCGGCUAAUGUCUUCCAUUCUGACUAGCAUCGACUCCUCCAAACCAUGGUCAAAGUGCACUUCUGCUACAGUAACAGAGUUCUUUGAUGACGGUCAUGGGGAUUGCCUCCUUGAUCUCCCACAGAAUCCCUUACAUGUACCCGAGGAGCUUCCAGGCCAGAACUAUGAUGCUGUUCGUCAGUGCAAGCUGGCUUUUGGGCCAGAGUACACUGUGUGCCCAGGAAUGGAUGUCUGCUCCCGCCUGUGGUGUGCUGUCAUCCGUCAGGGACAAAUGGUGUGCAUGACCAAGAAGCUUCCUGCUGUGGAGGGAACACCAUGCGGAAAGGGGAGGAUCUGUCUCCAUGGGAAGUGUGUGGACAAAACCAAACGGAAGCAUUACUUGGCUUCAGCUCAUGGAAACUGGGGGUCAUGGGGUUCCUGGGGACAGUGUUCACGGACGUGUGGAGGGGGUGUGCAGUUCUCCCGUCGACAUUGCAACAACCCUGCUCCCAGAAACAAUGGCAAAUACUGUGUGGGGAAACGUGCCAUCCAUCGAUCCUGCAACGUGACACCAUGCCCGCAAACUGGCAAAUCUUUUCGACAUGAACAAUGUGAGGCGCGGAAUGGGUACCAGACUGAUGCCAAAGGAGUCAAAACGUAUGUGGAAUGGGUUCCAAAGUAUGCUGGUGUGAUCCCUGCGGAUGUCUGUAAAUUGACCUGUCGAGCAAAAGGAACAGGAUAUUAUGUUGUGUUUUCUCAGAAGGUAAUAGAUGGAACGGAAUGUCAGCCAUAUAGCAAUUCAGUAUGUGUGCGGGGACGCUGUGUCAGGACUGGCUGUGAUGGUAUAAUUGGCUCCAAGCUGCAGUAUGACAAGUGUGGGGUCUGUGGAGGAGAUAGCUCCACCUGUGUGAAGAUAUCACGCAGUUUUACCAAGAAAAGUGUGGGUUACAGAGAGGUAACAAGAAUCCCUGCAGGAGCAACACAUAUCAAAGUGCGGCAGUACAAGCCAAAGGGUCAGCAGCGGUUCACUGCCUAUUUAGCUGUUAAAAGGAAGAAUGGGGAUUAUCUCUUCAAUGGCAAGUACAUGAUCUCAACUUCAGAAACAAUCAUUGAUCUAAAUGGCACAGUGCUCAACUACAGUGGGUGGAGUCAGAAGGAUGAUCAAAUGCAUUCAAUGGGUUAUGGCCCUUUAAAGGAGCCACUGGUAAUUCAGAUCCUUGCCACUGAUCCUGGGAAACCACUUGACGUGCGCUACAGCUAUUUUAUUCCUAGGAAACAAUUGCCUUCAGCCAAUGAAAAUGCCAUCAAGACUCUGGCUGCACAAUCCAACCUUCCCAAGUGGGUAACAGGACCCUGGUUGUCAUGUUCCAGAACCUGUGAUACAGGCUGGCAGACCAGAACUGUUCAGUGCAAAAACGGAUAUGGGAAACUGAUGAAGGGGUGCCGCCUGUCUCAAAGACCCUCAGCGUUUAAACAAUGUUUUCUAAGAAAAUGUUAAUGCACUAUUAUUCAGUAAGUUUUUUUAUUAUGUCAUUCUGUUUGUGUUGUCUUAAUCUAAAAUGAAAACAUACUUGGAGAAAAGAAGGGAGAGGACUGCUAGCAUGACUUGGCAUAAAGCAGACACCACUGUCAGGUUGAGAACAAUCAAAGCGAGUAAGUGCACAUUGGUACUGCACAGUGGGAGAGCUUCAGAUGCAUUGCCCAAACUAGUGAGAAUGGGAAAGUAGAAGAUGACACCAACCUGCAUGAUGCCUACCUCAGAAGCAUCCCUCACCUGUAUGGAAAUGAGAUCUAUGGUGCCACCCUUUCCAGAAAUACAAGCUGGUGCAUUGAUCGUACAACUCGUCUGACCCUCCAAAGGAAUCUGAUGUCUGAGGAUCCGGCACAAGCCUGCCUUGUGUUUCAGGAUUUGUCUUGCUCUGCUUGCUUUUGACUGUUUAGUUGGACUCGGUGACUGAUUCCACGGUGUUCAAUUGUGAUAUUGCACAGAGCAGAGCAUUCUCACUCGUUCAUUCACUCCUGUGCACAUGAUGGUAAAGGAAGCCAGCUGGCUGGUGGAAGAGUUUCAUGUAUUCAAGAAUAGAAUGAAGAACAAUUAUGCCGAUGAGCAUGCAGCAUUGUGUUGACCCUGGGAGGAACGUGUGCCACCGUGAUUGCAUUGUCUUGUUAAUGAUAUUAUCUCUCUACAAUGAUUAAAUGGAAGAGCAGAUUUGGGCCAAGUGGUCUAAUUUCUGCUCCUGUGUCUUAUGGUCCAAUACCUAAAGGAGACGGUUAACAGUCUUAGUGGACUCUUGCAUGAAUCCUUGAAUGAAGUAUGAUACAAUUCCACACAGUAAUAACAAAUCUGAAGCAACACAAGAACAAAGAAUAAAAUAGCUGUGCCAUUUGGAAUUGUAUGCACAAGGGGAAGCUGGUAAAAUAAUUCCAUACAACUCUAUACCCCGGAUAGAUUCAGGGCCAGACUGCCUUAUUCUAAUGCCCACCAGAAACUCUCAAGAAAAGUUUCUAGCCUGGGACCUUUCACUAAAAUUCGAAUAUGUAACACAGAAAUAUGGAUUUUGUGAAACAUCCAAAUUAAUAUCAGGUUACAACUUUCACUUGAUUGACUAUCCGAUCAAAAGUUAAAUCAUACACCCUGACCCUACUAGUUACAUUCCUUGUCUUUUGGAUUAAUAUUGCAAUAGGGCAAAUGGAACCACAGAGGAUAGAACAAGUUUGUGUUUUUUCGUCUGAAAGAGAAAUGGUUUGCUUCGUGCACGUACUUUCACAGUACUGUAUUCAAGCUAUGACAUAACCUGGCAGGAACAAGACUUUAAUCAUUAAUGUGGUGCUUGCAACUGAUACAGUUUAAGGUUGCCACUUGGGAAUUAGGGGAAAAGAAAGGGAACUGACUCAGAGCCCAAGUUCUGAUAUUUGCUUUGCUCAGAAUGUAAGCUCAUCAGUUGCCUUGAAAUCAUCGCUAAGUAAAUGUGCUGUAGCACAGGAGGCAGCUAUUAAGGGGGAUUUUAAAAAACUUAUUUUCAAAUGUACAGACUUCCUACAGCCAUCCCAAAAAAAUGUCUGCUCCAAGGCUGGAAAAAUGACAAUCUGAAUCCAAAGGGAAAAAUAUCCUAACAAAUCUGUGGAUUUGCUGAAGGUUGGCUUCAGAGGUCAGUAGGUCAUUCAGACAAUGGGUUUACUGGCUGUUCCUGUGGAUUCAGUGAUUUUAGAAAAGAACAAUUGGUGUUUUGCUUUAAACUGAGUUGAACCUUAUUCAUGAUCCACUCACUCACAACUUAACCGCCUACAAUUUCCACGCCAGCAAACCAGUGCUAGGAUCUACCUGAUCAGAAAUUAUAUGCAGGGAGGAGAAUGUGCAAUUUUAUAAAUAAAGUGUUAAUUUCCUAAUUUCAGUCCCCAAUCUCAAGUGAAGCUCAGUUAUCAGGCCCAUUCCAAAUGGGUCAAAUCUCACUGUCACCCUCCCCAGUGACUGUAUUGUUAUCCAUUCUCAGGAUGGGCUCAUUGCUGCCAAAGCCACAUUUUAAGCUACCCCUAUUUGCCAUAAGAGAAUAGUGGUGCUGGCAGGUCUCCUAUGUUUCCUUCAGCAGAGAAGUGUGCUAUGUCACUCAAGAGUCAACCAAUUUAGUGUGAAGUUGGAGUCAUAACAGGCUAUCUUGGGUAGUUAGAGAUAGCUUCCUUCUCUGAAGUAUGUUAUUGAUUUAAUACAUUUGUCAGAUAGUCAAGCACCUUCAUGGUCAUGUGUGCCUACACCAACUUUACAUUUUUCCAUCUCUUAUCAACUGAGCUCAAAUUGGCAGACUAUCAAGGGGAAAUUUUGAUCUCAUUAUUUGUUUUAUUAUUUCAGAAGCCUGUCAUUAAUAACCCACUAACAUAACCACUCCACUAAAUGCCCAAAGUAGUACUGAACGAUACAAGCUGAAAAGUGUCAGUUUUAAUCUUUAAUUACAUGUAAACAGCUGAUCUCAGAUCUCAGAACAGUCAUGGAUCAGAAAGGAUCAUUCAGUCCAUUGGAGAUCAUCCCUCCUUGGGCACUCACCCUCCCAAGGCUACGCUCUAACUGCAUGUUGAACUCUACUAAUAUAUUCAUAUUCCUGGCAAGUUUUUCCAAUCAUGUACAAACCUGUAUGCAAGGAAUUUCUUCCUUAAUUCAGCGUAGAUAUGAGUACAGGUCUCAAUUCGCCCAGGCAAAGGAGGGAAAGUGUUGGCAUUUAGAAUCAGAUUGAACCUAAUUGAGUAAAUGGCCUCAAUAGAUGGCACACUCAAAAAUAAUUUAUUAGGGCAGGUUGGAAUGAGUCAGUCACCCCCUCCCUGUCCUUCCUGCCUUCUGUAGUACAAUGGCCUUACACACUUCCAGUAUCACUAGUUGAUUUUUGUGUGUGCCAUUGCUGCAAAUUAUUACUUGGUUUAUGUUACACUUUUGCCUGGUACAGCAGAAGGGAAACCAACACCUUCGUACACUGUUGAUGGCAGUUUUCUCUGGAUUAGGCUCCAAUUUCAAACAAUGAUUCCGAAAACCAUGAGGCACUAAGUGCCUUUUCAUAAGACCCUGCCUAAAUGGAUUGAAUUGUUAACCAUUUUAUUUUCCAUGGAAACAGAAUUCAAAUAUAACCUAAUCAGAAGGCUCAUUGGUAUUUAUGGUAUGACCUAAAACCUUGAUGUAUGUUGCUCAGGUGUUGAGGCCUAUUUCUGCUCUCAAAGGACAGUAUGUGAAAUAGAGCAAAGUAUUCCUAAAUGUCUCUUUACAGAGAUGUGUCAACCAAAAUACCACCUUUUCCUUUACUCGCUGUUUAUACAAAGUUCAUAACUUUUAGAAUCUAAACUUUUUUAGUAAUGACAGAUUCAAUUUUGAAUUGGAAAUCUCCCACAGUACAGCUAAAUUUUAAAAAAAGAUUGCCCCCAAUCUGAACAGUAGUUACCUGGUCUCACUUAGGAAUCCUGGAAGAGAAAUUGGCUCAGCUUUCCCGGGAUAAAGUCUGGAAAUUCAACCAGAGUUCCAACUUCAUUCAACAAAGUCCUCUGGGAGCUCUAAUGCUUUGUUCAUAGCUUUUGUAUGGUCAGUGCUCAGAUUCAUAUAUAAUGAAUAGUCACUGACGUAAAAUUUGGUUUAGAGGUGGUGUCAGUCAAUAGGAACACCUUUCAGGACAGCAACCAGUUUGAAAUUUUGGGGGACAUUAGAAGGAGACAAAAUCAUUGACAAUGAAAACAAGAAAAUUCUGGAAAAAAUAAACCUUGUCUGGCAACAUCUAUGAAGAGAGAAAUUAAUUAGCGUUUUGAGUCUCAUACUGACUCUUCAGAACUGGAUAGAGUUGGAAAAUUGUUGUUAAUAGAAUCGUUGCAUGCCGUAGACAGAGGAGGGGGGGGUGGAGGACCAAGUUAAACAGAUUGUGAAAGUAUUCAGGGCCAAAGACAAAGAGGUUGCUAAUGGCAGUGAUGGAAAGAUAAAGAUGUAAAAAGGGUUUAAUGAAGAUAUAAAAAGAGGAGAAUGGGUCCUCUCUGUCGGCAGCCUGUCUGGCUGUUAAUCAGCCUGCAGAUCCUUCCAUUACUUCACACUAUUCUCAAAGGGAAGAGUUUGAAGAUACAAUAACAACAAUAUCCAGAAGGUGUCUAUUACUUUCAAGGAAGACAAGAAGGGAAGGGAAAAAGCUGAAAAGGACAGGAAAACAAAUCAGCUAUUGAAGGAUUAGAAUUUGACAUUUUUAAUGUUAUUUCAUUGCCAAUACGUCAGGUAUGCAUUUGAUUAUUUAGCUUAUUGUUACACAAAAGUCAAAAUUAUUUAUUGUUUAACAUUUAAACAUUCAUUUUCCUGUGGAAACUGUCUAAUAAUAGAUUUGGCACAUGUUAUAAUAGGGCAGCUCUAAUCCCAGCAAAGACCAUGUGAUCCCAAGUAGGACAAAAAACUCCUUCUAUUCUCAGGGGACAGUAUAAACUACCAAUUCCAAACCCGGUAUGUUGGCCCAGAUAUGAGAAACAAGGUGAGAUGAUGGAAAAAGGGAAAGAGUACUAUUGGUCUCCCUUUCGAUCCUAAAUUCACUCCUGAAGUGAACUGAGCUACACAAGAACAAAGAGAUGCUUCUUGCCGACUGCAUGGUCCUGGGAGAAGCCAUAGAGUGGGUUGGGUUUGUCCAUUCAUUAAAUUAAAUGGUAUUAUUCUGAACUCUAUCGUGUGUACCACCCUUAUUCAUUUACUCAGCUGGGCCAAUGGAAUCAAAAUGACCAGAAAUCCAUUCGGAAUCUUCAGUUCUAUCAUUGAACUGGGGAAUUGAGGAGAUAAUCGUUUUCUACUAUGUAUAGAUUUUAAUUGGGUCUCCAUUAUGAGGGAGAAAACAUUCCAAUGUAAAUUUAAAUUGUGAAAUUGUUUAAGGCACAGCACUGAAAUAAUUUAUUUGUGUUAGUACAACUGGUGUGAAUUUGAUGUAACAGUUUUAUUUAUUGUUAUUUAAUGUGGAGAACACCCGCCAUGCAAUUUUUUUUGAAAAAAGAAUUGCUACUGUGCUCUAUUAUACAACUGUUUAAUUUAUGCUUCACUCCUAUUGUGAAAGUUCACUAUAUUUUUUAAAUAUGUAUGUUUACGUAAUAUACAGCACUGGUUGCUUUGUGUACUGUUGCAUUGUGCUCUUUCCAUGUGUAAUUAUUCAGAUGUUUGCAUUCCUUAUUAGGGAAGUUGUGCUUGUCUUUUUUAAGAAAAAUUAUUAAUUGACUGAGACAACAUGUCAAAAGCAUUUUAAUACUUGUUUUAAAAGACGUAGCAAUUUUGUAAUGCAUAUUAAUCAUGUCUCGUACAAAAAUGCAAACAUUUGCUGGAUUACAGGGACAGGAUAGGGGACUGGGACUAGCUGAUUUAUUCUCACAGAGUGCUGACACAGAUCCAACAGGCUUCCUUCUGUGAUGUAACCAGUCUGUAAUUCUAAGAAGUACUUUUAUCAAUUAUUUUAAGCACAUCAGUAAUAUUCUGUAACAUACUGUAACAAUAAUCAUGUCUGUAUAACUAAUGUUAAAAUUCAUUUUUGUAA